GUCCCGCACACACUCGCCAGCCGCGGCAGCGCCCUCCGGAGCCCCGGGCAGCCCGGCACCGGCUGCAGCACCGGCCGGGAGCGGGCGCCGCUGGAAGUCCCGCUGCCGCCGCCAGCCGGGAGCCACGGAGCCCUGAGCGCGGCCUGGGGUUAGCUCGGUUGUGCUGCUGCCAGGCGCAGCCGCCGCAGUGGUUCUGCCAGCGGACCUUAAGGCUGGUUUGGGAAGGCUGGAGCAAGGCAGACUCGGAUCUGCCCAAGCUCUGCCACUAGGCCAGAGAGACUGGCCAGACGAGCCACGCUGUGAAACCCAGCUCUCGCCUUCAGCACAGACAUUACAGCAAGUUCAUCACCAGCCUAAGCAGGACUAGAAUUGGCCGUGGUGGAUCUGGGCACAACCACCUGUUACAUCUUUGCUCAAAACACAUUUGCAAAGACAAAGCUUUGAUUGUCACUUACAUGAGCUUGAAGUAUGCUAGAGAGGAGGACCACUCCCACGGUGCACUGUUGGCAAAAUCGAAGGAGUCGCUGGUGAGAAGAGAGGCGGGUGGAGAUCCUCCAGCACCUUUUCUGGAUGGGCAACGAUACUAUGAACAGGGGUUGUACAAAGAAGCGUUAAAGCAAUUUGAAAAAAUCAAGGAUACAGAUUUUCAAGCAAUGUAUCAGCUUGGUGUAAUGUAUUAUGAUGGACUUGGCACUAAAAAAGACCCUGCAAGGGGAGUGGAAUACAUGAAUAAAAUACUCAACUCUGAUUCCCCAGAAGCAAGUCACUUGAAGUUUGCAGCUGCAUACAAUCUUGGCAGGGCAUAUUAUGAAGGAUGUGGUGUUAAACAUUCAACUGAAGAGGCUGAAAGGUUGUGGCUUACUGCUGCAGACAAUGGAAAUCCAACAGCAAGUAUAAAGGCCCAGAGUACUUUAGGAAUGCUUUAUUCUAUGCCAAUUCUGAAAGAUCUGAAGAAGGCCUUUUUCUGGCAUUCAGAAGCAUGUGACAAUGGAAAUCUGGAAUCAAAGGGAGCACUUGGCAUUAUGUAUCUCUAUGGACAAGGUAUACGUCGAAACAGUAAAGCUGCUUUGGAGUGUUUGAGAAAAGCAACAGAACUUGGAAACAUCUAUGCUCAAGGCCAUCUUGUGGAAUAUUACUACACUAGAAAAUUUUACUCAAAAGCUGCUGCACUAGCCAAAAGGGCUACAGAAAAUGAUGACAUCAACAUGCUAGCCGAGAUAACUGAUUGUCAUCCAACAUAUAUAGCCAAGGGGGCUGCUAUGGCUGCUUUCUACUUGGCUAGAUGCCUCCAGCUUGGCCGAGGCACAGAGAAAGACCAGCAUGCUGCUGAGAAGUACUAUUCUAAAGCAUGCUAUCUGGAUCCUGCUGUUGCUUCUCACCUUGAACUGGCAGCUAAUCUUGGGAGAAUUUAGUGUUUCUUUUAACUGUGACUGGUAUAUAAAUAUAUUUCCUACAGUAAACCAUCAUUGAUCUCCAGCAA